GUUGGGAGGAGGAAUGGCGUCCGCGGCGCCGCGCUACGCGCCGCCAGAUCCGACGCUGCCCAAGCCCUGGAGGGGCCUCAUCGACGGCACCACCGGCUACCUCUACUUCUGGAACCCGGAGACCAAGGCCGUCACCUACGACCGCCCCACCGGCCCCCCUCCCCCCGUCGCCCCCGCUCCGGCGCCGGCCCCGGCCCCGGCCCCCGCUCCCGUCCAGCAGCCCCAGUACCACCACGACGAGAGGGCCAGGCCCAGAGACCAGCCCGAGCGGCACACUGAAUCCGGAAACCGCGUGCAGAAUGCGCCCUUUGCUGAUCACAAGGCCAGGAACGAUCCUUCUUUUGAGCAGCGCUUUUCAGCUGGAGCAAACCCUGCACCUGUGCCUUCUACUAACCCAGCUCCACAGGCUGACAAUGGAAACAUGUCGGUAGAUGCAUACCGUAAAAAGCAUGAGAUUACUAUUAUUUGCCCGGGACGUGAAGCUCCAUCGCCAUUCAUGUCGUUUCAGUCCACAGGCUUCCCUUCGGAGAUUCUAAGGGAGGUGCAGCAAGCAGGAUUCAAAGCACCAAGUCCUAUCCAAGCUCAAUCGUGGCCGAUUGCUCUAAAAGGUAGUGAUAUUGUAGCUGUGGCGAAGACAGGUUCUGGAAAAACCCUGGGUUAUCUACUUCCAGGGUUUAUACUUGUUAAGAACCUACGGCACAAUUCAAGGGAUGGGCCAACUGUGUUAGUUCUGUCUCCAACCAGGGAAUUGGCAACACAGAUUCAAGAUGAAGCAAUCAAGUUUGGUAGAUCAUCAAGAAUUUCAUCUACUUGUCUAUAUGGCGGUGCUCCAAAAGGCCCUCAGCUAAGAGAUUUAGAGCGUGGUGCUGACAUUGUUGUCGCAACUCCUGGUAGACUGAAUGAUAUACUAGAAAUGGGAAAAGUCAGUCUCCGUCAGGUAGCUUAUCUCGUUCUUGAUGAAGCUGACCGCAUGCUUGAUAUGGGGUUUGAGCCACAAAUAAGAAAAAUUGUGAAACAAGUGCAACCGAAACGGCAAACUCUUAUGUUCACUGCCACUUGGCCAAGAGAGGUGAGGAAAAUAGCUUCCGAUUUGCUCACUAACCCUGUCCAGGUUAACAUUGGGAACACUGAUGAGCUGGUUGCAAAUAAGUCAAUCACCCAGCAUGUGGAAGUUACCACAUCUUUCGAGAAAGGGAGGCGCCUUGAUCAGAUCUUGAGACAACAGGAGCCUGGAUCUAAGGUGAUUAUAUUUUGCUCCACGAAGAGGAUGUGUGAUCAGCUGUCUCGGAACCUAUCACGGCAGUAUGGUGCUUCUGCUAUUCAUGGUGAUAAAUCACAGGCUGAGAGGGACUCUGUGCUGAGUGAAUUUAGGACCGGCAGGUGCCCAAUUCUUGUAGCCACUGAUGUGGCUGCUCGAGGCUUAGACGUGAAGGACAUCAGGGUUGUUGUUAACUAUGAUUUCCCAACGGGUGUUGAGGACUAUGUCCAUAGAAUUGGGAGGACAGGCCGGGCUGGUGCGACUGGAAUUGCAUACACAUUCUUCUGUGACCAGGAUUCUAAGUAUGCUUCAGAUCUUGUGAAGAUUUUGGAGGGUGCGAACCAAAAUGUUUCGCCAGAGUUACGAGCUAUGGUCGGCCGUGGAGGGUAUGGUGGCAGGGGGCCACGGCGGUGGGCAUCUUCUAAUGAUUCCUAUGGUGGCCAGGGAGCUUAUGGCAGCCAGACUAGGGAUGGUCCAAGCUUUCAGUCGAGCUAUAAUAACAGCAGCAGUGGCAAUCAAUAUGGUGGCGCUCCAAGCUUCCAUUCCAGUAGCAACAAUCAGACCAGUGGCGCUGCAAGUUUACCUGCCAGUGGCGGCUCUGGUGAAGGUCUCAGCUUUCAUGAUAGGUUCUAUAGCGGCAAUUCCCGUGGUGGUGACCGUGCUAGGAGCAGGAGCCCUCCCAAGGCCGUGGGGGUCUCCAACUGGUAAAAUGCAUCACGAUGGUGACGAAACAACGGAGUAGAUGGAGUUGGUUCCCUAACCAAAUCAUAGUAUCAGUAAUGUUGGUUUAAGCAAAGCGUGUCCUGGAACUUUGCUGACAUAGGUUAAGCGUGUCGGAUGUUUUGCUAUGUUGAUGUGGUGGUGUCUCGGAGGCGCUUUAUACGGUGUCCGUAUGCUGGCGUUGGUACUCUAUGAAACCUGGAACCUCGGACCUCUUUAUGCCUGGUAGUCGUGUUAUAAUCCUUCGGAAACCGGACCGGUUGAGCCAUGAAUUUUGGACGGAACCAUGUAAGUUAUGUUGGCUGUUGUAAAUGCUCUCGGCAUGGCUUGAUGUUGAACUGAAA